AUGAAAGCAGCAUGUCUGAUUUUAACCUUACUCAUCUUUUUAGCCAUAAUGGCUGUGUGCGUUAUGGUGAAAUUCGCGACAGAUAUAACAGUGGAAGAGAGGAAGAGAGAGUAUACUCAAGGAGGCACGGUGUACCAGUAUACCAGGGCUAUGGGUGUGAUCUCCUUGAAUGAGAACUCUUCGAUGCAGAUAUCUGAGAGGUUUCCUUAUGUGGCUGCUGUGACGAGGAAUACAUCCAAGUUUUGGUCUUUUGCGUGCUUUGCUAGUAUUGUGCUGAUUAAGUGGGUUGUCACUUCGGCUCAUUGCAGGCGUCAAAGCGCAACCCACCGUGUCCUUCUCUUCCACGACUUCGCUCGCAACUACACUCACACUUACCCCAUCCUAUUCUGGAGACUCCACGAGAAGUUCAACAGCAGCAACCCAACCCCUCGCUACGACAUCGCCGUCGCCAAGCUCAAUGUGGACUACUAUCCCUUCACUAUGAAACCCUCAGUCUUCGACGAUAAGGAGGCCACUGAACUAGAAGCCAGCAUCUGGAAGACCGUCUCAACUAUGGAUAAAAAGCUGUACUUGACGAAUGACUUUGAUAAAUACGAAGUCAGGAUAGCUGAUGCUGCGAAGUGUUUCGAAGGGUACGGAGUGGAAUUGGAUCAGAGCAUGAUUUGCAUUGACGUGUCAGAUUAUGAUGACUGUUUCAUCCAUGAGUUUGGACCUCUGUAUUCGGGAGACAAGGUGGUUGGGAUCCUGGCGGUCAAGCCAAGGGAUUGUGAUAUGAAGUUGGCUAUUUUUACUAAUGUAUCUUACUAUACUAAUUGGAUAUUAAAGUCUACACACACCACUUAUUAUGGAUGA